GGUGAUCCCAAGAAUUGAGCUAUUUUAGAUAACAAAUGUUUACUGGAAUCUUGGCCUAUAAAACCUCAGCCAUGCAACGACCCACUAACAUAUCAUCAACUUCCCCAAUAUUCCCAGCUGAGGUGCAACUUUUUAGCACCAAUGGCUUCUACCAUGUCCUUCUUGGUCUCUGUCUUUGGAAUUUUGGCCUCUCAAUUAGUAGUAGCUUCCUCUCGCCUUAUCAAUGAGGAAUACUCCAUGCUAGAAAGGCACCAGCAAUGGAUGUCUCACCACGGACGGAUUUACGAGGAUGAGCAAGAGAAGGGCGCCCGGUAUAAGAUAUUCAAGGACAAUGUGGACCGUAUCAACGCGUUUAACUCCGGUGUGGACAAAGGAUACAAGCUGAGUGUGAACCAAUUUGCUGACCUGACCAACGAGGAGUUCCGGGCUUCUCGUAAUGGUUACAAGAGGCAAUCGCCUAGUAAAGUGACGUCUGGCUCAAAACAAGCACAUUUUCGAUACGCAAAUAUAACUGUUGUGUCGUCUGCUAUGGAUUGGCAGGAGAAAGGCGCGGUUACUCCUGUCAAGAAACAAGGCAUAUGUGGAAGUUGUUGGGCGUUUUCAGCAGUAGCAGCCGUGGAAGGCGUUAACCAACUCAAAACCGGGAAGCUAGUAUCUCUAUCCGAGCAAGAGCUAGUUGACUGUGACGUUAAAGGAAAAGACGAGGGUUGCAGAGGUGGGUAUAUGGAUAACGCCUUCGAAUUCAUCAAGCAAAACAAAGGUCUCAUGACAGAAGCCAAUUACCCUUACGUAGGACAAGACGGAACUUGCAAAAGCAAGAAAUUAAACAAGCCUGUUGCUGCCAAGAUAACCGGAUACGAAGACGUGCCAAAGAACAACGAGAAGGCCUUGCUUCAAGCCGUGGCUAACCAACCGGUAUCGGUUGCCAUUGACGCCGGUGGAUACGACUUCCAGUUCUACUCGAGUGGUGUCUUCAACGGAGCGUGCGGCACGAUGCUUGACCAUGGUGUGACCGCGGUUGGAUAUGGGACUACUAGUGAUGGGACUAAGUAUUGGUUGGUUAAGAAUUCGUGGGGCUCUGGAUGGGGUGAGAAUGGGUAUGUGAAGAUGAGAAGAGAUGUGGCUGCCAAGGAAGGCCUGUGUGGGAUUGCUAAAAAAGCUUCUUACCCAAUUAUGUGAAUAUUAAAGAUCACUACCACUCCGUCCCAUAAUAUUUAUCCGGUCUGCAAAACGAUUGAGAACUUAAAAAUAAUACAGUUUUCGCAAGAAAAAUUCAAAUUUAAAACUUUCAACAAUUUACCAGAUAUCAAUAAGUUCACUUAAUUUAUGAAAAAAGCUAUGUUUUUUUCUUGAACAAAAAUAAAUUAUUUUUAAGUCAUCGUUUUGCCUACUAGACGAAAAUUUUGGGACGGAAGAAGUGUAAGACAAAUUUAAAUAUAGUGCGCGACUGUGUAUGUAAUCUUAGUGAAGUGUAUGUGAAUAAAUUAAUUAGCUUGUGUAAGCACAACUCUGUCUCUACCUAUAUAUGGGUCGACAAGAAAAUGUAUUUUCAUCAGCUGAAGUGUGAUAAUGAUAUAUGUUCUUACAAUU